AUGAAUGUCCAGCCCCGACGAGCGCAACCUGGGUUCUCGGAACGAAGCUGUCUCGCUGAUAACUUCCCUACCAUGAUGCAUCUACCGGAGAAAUUGACGACCUCGCUUGCCUACGUUGGCGCUGCCACAUCCUGUUUCCUCGCUAUUCAAGUUGCACGACACCUGUAUUGCUAUCUCCGACCUUCCGGUCUUCCGCGUUACAACCCCCCUGGGAAAGAUGCUUGGGCUCUGGUGACCGGUUCCACCGACGGGAUAGGAUUCGGGUUCGCGCAAGAACUUUGCAAGCGUGGCUUCAAUGUGUUUCUGCAUGGCCGGAACCGCGACAAACUCCUGCGGAGGCAGGCAGAGCUUCUGGCCGAUUAUCCCAACGCGAAUGUCCGGAUCAUCGUCUUUGACGCGGUGAACAACCACGAAGAUCUCGAUACCAUCGUGCAGGAAAUCGGUGACACCCCUCUUACGGUUCUGAUCAAUAAUAUUGGAGGAGAGGUCACACUGUUCACGCGAUUGGCCGACUUCACGUUUGAGCAGGCGAACGCGACUAUCAAUCUCAACAAUACUUUCAUGGUGCAAAUCACACGGAAACUGCUCCCGAUCCUCGAGCGAAACGGACCCGGUUUGGUUCUCAAUAUCUCGUCGGCAGCGGCCUAUGGGAUGCCUACUCUGAGUGUCUACAGUGGUACUAAGGGAUUCGUGGACUCGUUCACCCGGUCGCUGCAGGCUGAGAUGACGAUCGACGGGAAAGAUGUGGAAGUCCUUGGGUUGCGAGUGGGCAAUACGCAGAGCAAGGGCAAUGAUGUCAAAGUCAACCUGUUCACGCCCACCUCGCGUGCCUUGGCCGAUGCAGCUUUGAAUCGGGUCGGAUGCGGCGGACCGAUUGUCUGGGCAUAUUGGCUGCAUUCCCUUCAAGGCCUCAGCUUCCACAUAGUCCCACGACGUAAGCUGGUUCGAGUGCUUGGGGAUCAUCUCAACACCAUGAAGCGGGAUCACGAAGCAAAGCUGGCCAAACAGCAAUAG